UCGGUGUGAUCGCACUAUCGCGUUGCGGGCCGAAUUGUCGCCAAGUGUCCUUUCGGGCUUCCGCGGAGUGUCGUCCCGAGUCCCUGCAUCCCUGCCUGCCCCCGCCCGCCUCGGCGAACCCGCUCCGGCCCUUCGGCGAGGAUGUACGGGCUGCUACUGGAGAACAUAUCGGACUACAUAAAAUCAGUCUACGGCGAGGAAAAAUGGGAGGAGAUCCGGAGGUUGGCCGGCGUCGAGCAAGUUUCCUUCAGUGUCCAUCAAGUUUACCCGGAAACAUUAAUUCCCAAACUAGCCGCCAAAGCAAUUCAGAUUUUAGGAAUAACAGAAAAGGACUUCUUCGAUCAGAUGGGUGUUCACUUCGUCGGAUUCGUGAGUCAAUAUGGUUACGAUCGAGUUCUAUCGGUACUCGGCAGACAUAUGCGUGAUUUUUUAAACGGUUUGGAUAACUUACACGAGUACUUAAAAUUUUCAUACCCACGAAUGCGAGCGCCAAGUUUCAUCUGUGAGAAUGAAAGUAGACAAGGACUGACUUUGCACUAUAGGAGCAAAAGAAGAGGCUUCGUUUACUACACAAUGGGCCAAAUUAGAGAAGUAGCAAGACAUUUUUAUCAUAAGGAAAUGAGGAUCGAGCUUGUGAGAGAAGAACUUCUGUUUGACACGAUUCAUGUGACGUUUCAACUAACGUUCGACAAUAGAGCUUUCACUUUAGCAUCGCUGACGAUGACCCGUGAAGAGAAACAUUUGCCCGUUAGUGCAUCUGUCCUCUUCGAAAUAUUUCCUUUUUGUAUAGUAUUUAGUUCAGAUAUGGUUGUUCGGAGCAUAGGAAACUCCCUCGUUGUGAUACUGCCAGAUUUAGUCGGGAAGAAAUUAACUCACUGGUUCGACCUAGUCAGGCCUUUAAUAGCUUUUAAGUUUCAAACGAUAUUAAAUAGGACAAAUAAUAUUUUUGAGUUAGUGACGAUCGAAAGCGUGUUGCACAAAAGCGCUUUGGAUCGGCGGCAAGAUACUGUGAUAUUGAGCGAUGAACUCGAGUCAUCGCCCGACGAUAAAAAACUUAGACUAAAAGGCCAGAUGAUAUACAUGGAUAACUGGCGGAUGAUGAUGUACCUGGGAACUCCUGUGAUGCCGGACCUGCACGCUUUGAUAACGACCGGCCUCUAUAUCAACGAUCUUUCCAUGCACGAUUUCAGCAGAGACCUGAUGUUGGCAGGCACGCAACAGUCGGUCGAGCUGAAGCUGGCUCUGGAUCAGGAGCAGCUGAAAUCGAAGAAGCUGGAGGAAUCCAUGCGGAAGUUGGAUGAGGAGAUGCGGCGCACCGACGAACUCCUCUACCAGAUGAUCCCCAAACAGGUCGCCGAUCGCCUUCGCAACGGCGAAAACCCAAUCGACACUUGCCAGAUGUUUGACAGCGUGUCGAUACUGUUCUCGGACGUUGUGACAUUCACGGAAAUAUGCAGUAGGAUCACCCCGAUGGAGGUCGUUUCCAUGCUCAACGCCAUGUACUCCAUUUUCGAUACUUUAACGGAGAGAAACAAAGUUUACAAGAUCUUUGCGCCAGGACGACCCAGGGCUGACCCGGCUGUUUGUGAACAGGUGGAGACGAUAGGGGACGCGUACAUGGUCGUGUCUGGGGCGCCCGAGCAGGAACACAACCACGCCGAGAAAGUCUGCAACAUGGCACUGGAUAUGAUCGACGCCAUCACUGACCUCAAGGACCCAUCUACAGGUUCGCAUCUACAGAUCCGAGUGGGGGUGCACUCCGGGGCAGUGGUGGCAGGGAUCGUGGGGCUGAAGAUGCCUCGCUACUGCCUCUUCGGCGACAGCGUGAACACGGCCUCGAGAAUGGAGUCCACCUGCGAACCCAUGAAGAUCCACAUCUCCCAGUCCACACGCGAUCUCCUCUCGCCCAACUACAAAGUCAAAGAGCGCGGAGAGAUCCAAGUCAAAGGCAAAGGAGUGAUGAAGACCUACUGGCUGGAGCGGCCUGAGGAGCGUCCACCGCUCUCGCGGAGCAUCCCUGCGAGGAGCGACGGCUCGGAGGUGGAGUGGGAGAAGUCGGCGGACACUUUGAUCGGGAUCGUGGACGGGAGCUCGCGGAUCUUCUCGCCGCUGCCGCAGGACCAGGCCGCCGCCCGCAUCUACUCCCCCGUCACCUUCACGGAGAUCGCCCGCCGAUCCGUCGCCAGCUCCCCCGUCCGGGAGGCCGCCGCCUACGCAGCCGCCACCGCCUCCAGUCAAGGAGCUCGUUGUAAUUCACUUGGAGCUGUGUUCACGUUUUCGGAUGAUGAUCGGAGUUGGGGCAGUGAUUCUGCCAAAAAUUCCGGAAAAACCACCGUCACCGAAGGCACAACGGUCCUAGUUCCGGCCAUCCCCAUCCGGACUUUCAAUGCUCAGAGGAGCUCACCUUUCACGACAGGAAAAUCACCGGAACCUUCAAAAACACCACCGGAUUCUUCGAAGACACCGCCGAGCGAGCCUCCGGAUUCUUCACGACUUCUGCCGGAUCCGUCAGAGGGAGCUGCGGAGCCCUCAGGAGCCUCCUCAGAGCCCUCUGAAUCAUGCCCGAAAUCCUCGAGCCUCCCGGAGCGUGAGGACCAAGGUGAAGGAUCGAAUACCCACUUCUCCUGGUGCGGGACGGAGCCCACUCGGCAGUUUCCCGGGAGAACUCGGUCGGCGACAACUUCCGGAAUGACCCUGCCGCUGUCCUCCGAGCCCCCGGAGCCAGAGAAAAGGCGUCGGGCCCCCGAUAAAGUGGUCACCUCCAAAUCCGAGAGCUCCCUGUCGCGGAGCAACGAGUCCAGCUUGGGCUCGGCCAAACUCCACCACCAUCAUUUCUGCACUAGUUUCAUACCCCAUCAAGCCCUCGGCAAGCACAAAGGGCAUAGUAAUUCCUGUCAUAUAAUAUAGUGUCCGCCGCCAGACUCUGCAUUGGAUUCCGUUUCGCAAUGAGAAACUGCAAUUUCUGCCUCGGUUUAAAAACAACGGAUGUACCGUUUGCUUCCCUACAGGCAUACGUGUUUUUACGGAAGAGCUAGAAAUUGUAUUUCCAAUUGCACAAUUUAGUCCAAUUUUUUUUUAGGAGAAUUUACAUGUAUUUUGUGCGUUGCCAUUGGUGUCAUCACAAUCAGGAUGUGAUGUCGUAAAUCAGGGUUUCCGGCGGUCCGGAAAAUCUGGGUAAGUCAGAAAAUGGUUUAGGACAUGGAAAAUUUAGAGAAAGUCAGGAAAUUUCGCAAAGAGCGUUUACCGGAGUGAAUAUAAUUCAAUGGAAAGAUGGAAGUUCCGCUUCCCUGUCAGAAAAAGUCAGGUAAGCUGAAAAUUUUAGAGAUAGGGAGAAGCAAAAAUAGUCAGUGAAAAGUCAAGGAAUCGAAUAGUGAAGAAAUUAUAGAAUCCUGAUAAAUGUAUGAGCUCUCUGACCCUUUAAAUGUUCAGUUUGUUUCAUCGCUCGUUCAAGAGAUCUACGAAUCUAGAAAAUCUGAUCUUAAACUGUGCAAAUUCAAUUUUUAUCUAAAAAAUUAAGAUGCACAGAAUUGCAAACAAUUUUGGUUUUUCCACCGAAAAACUGUCAGCUUUGAAAGGAAAAAAUCGUGAUCAUUGUACAACUGUGCUCAUAUUUAGUAUUUUUUUAAGUAUAAAAAAGGUUGCCUGAUUGUAGCAACACUGUAUUGACGUUAGUUUUCUCCAUAGAAUACAUAGAGUCGUAAUUUGAACCAAAGUACUUAACACGUCAAGGUAGAAAGAGCAAAAAACCUCGGGAUAACCUUCAUGAAUGUGCAAACGGACCACGAUGUGCAAUUUGAAACUAAAAUUUUUGACUCAGUUUAUGUGCAACGUAUCUCAUAUUAGUUUCCCUACGUACAUAAGUGUUUUUAAGAUUAAGUCAGAAAUUGUAGUAUACCUAAUUGCAGAAUGAAGUCCACAUAUCUCAGAAAACGAGCUUUGAGAUUUUAUAGAGGACCUACUUUCGCUUGUCUAUCACGAUCCUACAACUGGACUUAAUUUUGCAUCUAGGAACUACAAUCUCUGGUUCAUAUUUAAAAAUAUGUAUGCACUUAGGGAAACUAAUGGUACAUACGUUGUUUCUAAACUGAGCCAGAAGUUGUUCUUCCCAUUUUUUGCAAAAUGCAGUCCAACGUUUUACAGGUUACUUUACUGAUGCUCCACCUCAUACUGAUGGCAUCAAAUAAACAAAAUUCCAAAUAGCACAUCCUGAUGGCAUUGAUGUUGCUGAUGGCAACGAACAAAUUACGUCUUUACAAGUGGGAUCACGAAGAGAAGACUGCAGCGCAAAGAUAGAGCAACGGACAAGGUGAAGUUUUCGACUCUGAGGGGAACAAUGCAAAAAACAAAACAAAAUUGAUCGGAACCGAUGGGUCUUAAGGAUAAAAAACAUUCAGCAAAUGUUGUCAAACUAUCUCAAAUAGACUCACAUACACUGCCACGCACCGGGUCAAUUUCUGUCCGGACUUGUCUUUUAUCUCUUUCGCAAAAACAAAUAUGUUCAAAUACGCACUCGAAAAUGUUUUCCGGAAGUAAGUAUAAAACGUCAUUCUUAGGUAAGUAAGUGUAUGAACUGCGUCCCAAAUGUCGGGAGGGUUUUGCUGUAAUACAUUUAAACAAGCAAAGUAGUUUUCAGAAAAUUGGCAAUGUCCUAAAAAAAAGUGGUAUACUUCAUAGUACAACAGCCAACUUUAGAAUCGAGUUAAGUUGAAAAAAAGUCGCAAAGCGCCCUAGUCCUCUUGCAACGAGCACUAAACGAAUUUCUCACGGUCGAACUUAAACUCUUCUAAUUGCCCGCGGGUCCCCAGCAGGAGGUUCAGUGCCAGAAGGAGGAUGAUCAUUGGUGUCAGCCUUUGUCACAAAGUGCCGCCCAGGGCGUUUAGCAUGUCAGGAGCCAGUCUCUGAAAUCGAGAAUAUUUAUGUCCAAAUUUUAUUUUUGGAAAUGAAUAAAUCGCAAGCAAACAGUAAAAUCAGGCAAUUUGUAAAAUGCCUCGGCAAGUAGUCAAA